CAGCCAACGCGUGAAUUGGUCACAGAUUUUCUGCAAUCAAAGUAUAUCGGAGCGAUGACCGCCGACACAGACGAGUUCGAAAUGGAGGAGAAACAAGCAGGUGUGUCUGGCGUGCCAAAUGAGCAAGCUCUCCUGGCUCUUAUGGAGAGAACAGGGUACAGCAUGAUCCAAGAAAACGGCCAAAGAAAAUACGGAGGACCUCCACCUGGCUGGGAAGGACCUGCCCCACCAAGGGGUUGUGAAAUCUUCAUUGGCAAAAUCCCUCGUGACUGCUAUGAAGAUGAACUGGUACCCAUCUUUGAAAAGAUGGGCAAGAUUUAUGAGUUUAGGCUAAUGAUGGAUUUCAGUGGAACAAAUCGGGGAUAUGGUUUCACCAUGUACACAAACAAACUUGAUGCACAAAGAGCAGUGAAAGAACUGAAUAAUUUUGAAAUAAGAAAGGGGCGGUUUCUUGGAGUAUGUUUGAGUGUAGACAAUUGUAGGUUAUUUGUAGGUGGUAUUCCAAAGAAUAAGCAAAGGCAAGAAAUUUUGGAGGAAAUGAAAAAGGUAACAGAAGGCGUCGUUGAUGUAAUAGUUUAUCCCAGCGCAACAGACAAGACCAAAAAUCGCGGAUUUGCUUUCGUCGAAUAUGAUUCGCAUAGAGCAGCAGCAAUGGCUAGACGAAAACUUAUUCCAGGCAGAAUUCAGCUGUGGGGUCAUCAGAUAGCUGUAGAUUGGGCUGAGCCAGAACAGGAGGUACCAGAAGAGGUGAUGAGUACGGUAAAGAUUCUGUAUGUUCGCAACCUGAUGCUAACUACAACUGAGGAGAAGAUUGCUCAAGUUUUUGCACAAGCAGUGGGAACAGAUGGGUGUAUUGAGAGAGUGAAAAAGUUGAGGGAUUAUGCCUUUGUGCAUUUCAAAGAUAGAAAUGAUGCUGUGCAGGCAAUGAAUAUGUUGAAUGGUUCAAACCUGGAUGGUUCAACAAUUGAAGUGGUACUUGCCAAACCAGUUGACAAAACUGAAUACACACGUUUCACUCGAGGUGCUGGACGUGGUGGUGCUUUUGUAUCUCAGGUAGAAGCCGUUGGAAAUGGUGCCCUUGGUGCGUACAGUUAUUACCCCACUACCAUUGACCCCUAUACUGCUCAAGUCUAUGGUAACAUCCCCACUGUGCCUGCCAGGUAUGAUCUCCCACCCACCAUGGAUGAGGAUGACACAUAUACAAGGGGUGUACAAAGUAGAGUUUUACAGAUGCGAGGGCCCAUAAGAGGGCGUGGCCGUGGUGCUGCUGGAUCACGUGGUGCUGGUGGACGUGGGUAUAUGGCCUACAUGCAGCGCGGAGGAUACAGGAAACAGCCUGUGGAGGAUCGACUCUAUGACCUACUUCCUGGAAUGGAGUUGACCCCAACUAACCCUGUAACCCUCAAACCCCAGUCUGUCAAGUCCCCUAUUCAGACUCUAGAAGAGUUUUGCCAGAAGAAUGCUUGGGGAACUCCAAAUUAUCACCUGCACUCUACACUUGGACGUGAUGGAAGUGGGGAUGUCCAGCUUUUUUUGUUCAAAGUGACUCUGCCCAACAUUCCCACCCCCUUUGUUCCCAACAAACUAUGCCGUAGUGUGGAGGAAGCUAAAAGUUAUGCUGCUGAAUUUGUGUUGGCCCAGCUUGGAAUGCCUGUUGAAGGUGCUGAGGUGCCCAUGAUGCCAACCUCCCCAGGACGGCCUCUUGCCACAGCUCCUGCUGCCUAUGCUAUGAGUAUGCCUGCUGCUCGUUCGGAUAUUACAUACGCCCCUGCCAUGGCCAUGCCAGUAGUAACCUCCACGCCUAGUUAUGUUGUCACAACAGGCAAGAUGCCACAGACUCUUCCUUUCUAUCUGUAGCUCAAGAUGACCCUGUGUACAGCCAGGCAGGUUUUGCAACUAUCAAUGCAUUGGAUGGAUCAUGGCAAAUGUGAACACAGGCUUAAAACAUUUGGAACCUUGUUGCAUGACUGUUCCUUUUAACUCUAAUAUCCUGUUGAAUUUUUUCGGCAUGGAGUUUUGUUUUUUAUCGAUGCACAGUAUUAUGAAUAUGUAGAUAUAUGGCUGCACCUAAGAGUAGAGUUGUUCCUGUUUUGUAGGAGUCUAGUGGUGGUGGUAAGUUUUAACCUUAUGUUAAUGGGUGGAUAGUGCUUGACUAACCCGUGAUAUGGUGUGCCAUUCAACAGUGAACUUUGUAGUAUUCACGUACACGUAAACAUACAUAGUAAGAAUGUAGUUAGAGUUUUUGUCUUCUUUAAAAGUGUUUGUGGAAUCACCUCAUGAAUUUGAAUGAGGAAUUUCUAUGUUUUUAGGUACUUUAUUAUUGUGUACUUUUGCAGAAUAUUGUUCAAGUGAGUUUUUAAUACAUGAAAGACAAACAUUGUUGCCAAAGUUUUUGUCAGUCCUUUUGGAUUAUUUAUUUUAGCAAGUGUUUUGUAUGCUUCUCUUCAAGGGUUUUUAUUUUUUAUAUUGUUGUGUUCACCUUGUUUGAGGUUUAGGUAACUGAAAAUUCAAUGUUGAGAUGACAUAGCAUGUGAUUUUUCAAAUUAAGGUUGAACAUAGCAGUAGGUGGAGCUAGAAUAAAAUCUAUUGGCUCCUAUAAAUGGACAAUUCCAGAAUAUUUGGAAUCAAUUGGUACCUCAAAUACAAAUGACCUAAAAUAAAAAAAAAUAUAAGACUGAUGACAACUGGCUGUGCCAAAAUUGAACAUUUUUUGCUUCAAUUUGAUGAUUAGGAUACAAACAAAAAAGAGCAGGUCAAAAUUCAAGUAACAGAAAAGAACAAAUUUUAAAUUGCAAUGGGAGUUCAGUUUAUGGGUCUUACUUGCAAAAAGUUGUAUGGCGAGGAACUGAUUACUUAAUGGCAUGAUAUUCUAAAGUUGUUUUAUUUGUAUGUUGACUGAUAGAGAAUUUGUUUGCCAAAAAACAUUUGUAAACUUCUUCUGAUAAUGUGGUGUUAUUUGACAUUUACUAUUUGGCUGAAAUGCAGUUGUGAUCCAGAUUUGUACAUUUUUGCAUGCAGUCUGAAAUAGUUCACGGACAUUCCUGCAUAUUUUUUGCAUGGUUAUAACACUUUUUGUUUGUUCUAGUCAAUAAUGCACUCUCUUGCCAUAGCAAACUAUUUUAACCAUAAUUAGUAUAUUAUAUUAUAUUACAUUCAAUAGAAUUGAUUUAGGAAUAGAAAUUAAGUAGCAAUUGUAUUCAAAUUAGUUCAAAUCUGAGGGUUUGAUGAAGAUAUAUUUUACCAUUGUAUACACUAUCGCGGAGGAUAGGUCACCUGAGCUGGAUAGGUGCACAUAUCUUUAUUUGCUCAGCUUCAAUAGGUCCAGGUAUUUAUUAGUUCUUAUCAAGAUAAGGACAUUGCAUCACCUGAUUUCAGGCAUUUGUUACAAUCCAAAAAUCCUUCAAAUCAUCUGGCUUUGUUGGGUUAUAUUUUUUUCCCCAGUAAACAUAAUUUCAAAAAACUCUCCAUGUCUCUUUGCUUAUUAAUGUAAAAAAAAAUGUGAAUGUCCAUUAUUUUGAAUACUAUUAGUAAUUUAGUAUAACCAGAAUUAGAGAUAUUAGUUUUACCUUUAUUCUAUGAAUAUAUUGUAUAUUUAAAUAUUGUGAACUGUCAAGAAAUGUAUUUCAAGAGUUUGAAGGUGGACUUAUAUUCCUUGUCAGUAGCCAUCAAAAAUGAAAAAUUUGUUUGUAUUGCACAUUUAGGGAGUAGAGCAUUUUGCCUUACAAUUUGUUUUUCUGAGACCUUCAUUUUUGAUGGCAGUUGUAUUGUUUGUAUCUGUUCAAAAUAUGUAUACUGGUGAAGGGAUGUACAUAUAUUCUACUGUUUGUGGUAUUUAUAACCUUGUAAAGGUCAGUGUACUCAGGACUUUGUUUACUUUGUACUUGAACCAUGAACAUGGUGUAAGGAUCUUACUGGAAAAGUACUCUUUUUAAAAUGCUGACUGGAUAUCAGCAAAAUGCAGCAUAACAAAACUAACUUAUUCUUGUUAAAAUUUGGCAAAAAAAUCCCCCAUGAUUGGUUUUAAUCGAGCUUGUAAAGAAGUGAAGUAGAAGCAAUCUAUCAAAUUUAUAAGAUCAUGGUGGCAGUGAUUGCUGAGUAAAUGGAGAGAUUCAGGCCAUGAAAUACAAAUUGCAUCUAAAUUCCUUUUUGACCAAAAUUAAAUUGAAUGCGAUUCAAGCCAAUCAUAUCACAGUAGAGCUGACAAAUACCACUUAUUAUCUUUACAAUUAUGUAUUUGAGGUUGAGUUGAAUUGUCAAUCAUAUUAAUGCUUAUCAAUAAACUGUUAUAAACA